UGUAUAAAAGGAAAAUUGUUGCAAGGGAUCAUAUCAAGCAAAAAUGGUUGGUCUCUUCCCCCUCCUCUUGUUAUCUCUCUUGCUAGGGCUAGGACUCCAUUUCCUUCUACAAGUUUUUGCAAAACAAGAGCCUGCAAACUUGCCCCAUGGGAGUAUGGGGUGGCCUUUGUGUGGGGAGACUCUUGGUUUCCUUAAGCCUCACAGAUCAAACUCCAUGGGAAACUUCUUGCAAGAACAUUGCUCUAGGUACGGAAGAGUGUUCAAAUCUCAUCUGUUUGGUUCCCCAACAGUAGUUUCCUGCGACCAUGAGCUUAACUGGUUUGUUCUUCAGAAUGAAGAGAAGUUUUUUCGGGUCAGUUACCCCAAGGCCAUGCAUGGCAUUCUUGGCAAGUUCUCUUUGCUUAUUGUUUCUGGGGAUGUUCACAAAAAGCUACGAAAUGUUGGGGCCAGCUUCAUCAGUGCCUCUAAAUCAAAGCCGAACUUCGCUAAUUGUGUCGAAAAGAUGUCAAUCUCGAUGAUGAAUUCAUGGAAAAAUUGUAAACAAAUUGGCUUCUAUAAAGAAGUGAAAAAGUUCACACUCAACCUUAUGUUGAAGCAUCUCUUGAGUAUUGAACCAGAGGAGCCACUGGCCGUCAAGAUCCUGGAAGAUUUUCUAACUUACAUGAAAGGUUUUGUGUCUUUGCCAGUAUACAUCCCUGGAACACCUUACGCCAGUGCGGUGAAGGCUAGAGCAAGGCUUUCGGCAACUGUUAGAGAGAUUAUAAAAGAAAGGAAAAAGGAGAAGUUGGGGCUUGAAGAAGGAGAUUUCUUGGAUAUAAUUUUGUCAAAAGGUAGUUUGAGUGAUGAAGAAACAGUUAGCAUUGUGUUGGACAUUUUGCUUGGAGGCUAUGAAACAACAGCAACACUGAUGGCCUUGAUUGUCUACUUUCUUGCCCAUGCUCCAGAUGCUAUAGAAAAAUUAAAGCAAGAACAUAAUGCAAUAAGGAACAGCAAAGAGGAUGGAGAACCCUUGAGCUGGGAAGAUUACCAGAAAAUGGAAUUCACCUGCAAUGUUGUUUAUGAAGCAAUGAGGUGUGGGAAUGUGGUCAAAUUUGUGCACAGGAUAGCUCUUCAAGAUGUCAAAUUCAAAGGAUAUUUCAUUCCCUCGGGAUGGAAGGUUCUUCCUGUCUUCACAGCAGCUCACUUUGAUCCAUCUCUUCAUGAAAAUCCUUUGGAGUUUAAUCCUUGGAGAUGGACUGAUAAAGCAACAAGCAAAAAGGUGAUGCCAUUUGGUGGUGGUCCUCGGCUAUGUCCAGGGGCUGAGCUUGCUAAAGUAGAGAUUGCAUUCUUCCUUCAUCAUCUUGUCCUGAAUUAUAGGUGGAAAACAAUGGCAGAUGAUUUCCCUCUUGCUUACCCCUAUGUGGAGUUCAGGAGAGGCUUGCUUUUGGAGAUUGAGCCAGUAGAAGCUAUGCUGGAAAAGAAACCUAAUUGUACUACUUGAGUAUAAACACAAUAAUAAGAUACAUACUACUCUUUUAUGAAAUUAAUAUUUGUUUAUAUCCAUUGGAAGAAUGGUAAAUUCAGGUGUAAAGUUCAGUGGUAUGGAAAGCCUUUGUUUCCCAUUGGUGCCUCA